CUUCUGCGCAAGUGCCGUCCUAGCCCCGCCGUGUUUUUACACAUCUGCCUCUUCCCGCGGAGCAGGUCCCAGAACUUUCUCGGUCAGGCAGGCUGGAAGGAGCACACCUGGGGGUCCAACCGACCUAUUCCUGGAGGGAGCCUCCUCUCCUUCUGGGGUGCUGAGACUUUGUGGAAGUGAAUUUAGAAGCCGCCGGGCAGGCCAGACCCUUCACGGUCUCCCGAGAGGUGCAGAAAAUGAACACAUCUCAGCUGCACGUCGUUUCCCUGCACGUACCGUCUUUAGCCAAAGACUCAAGACGCAGAAACUCAUGGUCUCUUUCAGUCAGCUCUGUCUCCAGGAUCUUACACCACAAAUGGGAGUUGCGUUGGCCUCUGAAUUUCUGGUUCUGUCUCCUCAACUUCCUGAGACCUCUGCGUUCUGUUUUGGUACCAUAUUCUGAUCUGAAACUCCGUUAUUUCUUCUUUUUCUGGGAUCCUUACCCUGCAGUGCCUGUUACCUGGUACUGCGCCAUCAUGGGAGAAGGGGAACCUCAUGCCGUAGAUCCCUGCUAAGUUCAGUAUUAUGUGUGCUCGUGAUUUAGCUCAAGGAGAUUCAUACUUUCUGAACAUCAGUGGGGGGGGGGGGGGGCACAAAUGUUUUUGUUGUCCACUCUGCAGGGAAAGCUUCAAAUGAGCACCUUUGUUGUGCCAUCCCUGAAAAUGUGUCUUCUUUCACAUUCAGAAUCCGAGAAGCCCAUGCAGCAGGCCCAAGGCUUAAAUUAUUUCCCAUUGACAGGGUAUCGCUAUACAAAACCAGGAGUGAUCUUAAGGCUGGAGCAAGCAGAAGAUCUAUGCUCAUUAGAGAAAGAAUUUCUAACCAGAAGAUCUUCAGAAGACUGCCAAGAUGAUAACCUCUUAGAGAAGAGCCAACAAAUCCAAGACAGACAUUUGUGGCAAGUUUUAUUUAUUCAUUUUCAGAGAACUGACACAGGAGGGAAAAGUUUCGACCAGGGGUCACACACAAGAAGAACAAACCAGAGAAAUUAGGCGGAGGUGACCCCCUUUGAAUGUGGACGAAACUUCAGCCAUAAUUCAGCUUACACACCAGAGAAAUUCUGUGAUUAUAAUAAACAUAGGGGAGCCCUCUGCCCCCAGUCAGCCUUCAGGGUACGUCAGAGGACUCGCAUAAGGUUGAAACCCUAGGAGUGUUGCGGAUGUGGGAAAUGCUUCUGUAAGAAAUCGUACCUCCUCAUGCACCAGAGAAUUCACACAGGGGAGAAACCUUACAGGUGUAAUGAAUGUGGGAAAGAUUUCAGCCACAAGUCAAGCCUAUGGAAACAGCAGAGAACUCACACAGGGGUGAGACCGUACGAAUGUAUGGAAUGUGGGAAAACUUUCAGCUGGAAGUCAGACCUGAGAGUCCAUCAGAGAACUCACACAGGGGAGAAACCCUAUGAGUGCAGUGAAUGUGGAAAACCUUUGGUGCAGAAGUCAACUCUCAAAACCCAUCAGACAAUUCACAAAGGGGAGAAGCCUUAUGAAUGUAAUGAAUGUCAGAAAACCUUCACCCAGAAUUCACCCCUCAGAACACAUCAGACAACUCACACAGGGAAGAAGCCCUAUGCAUGUAAGGAGUAUGGGAAGGCCUUCAACCAGAAGUCAAGCCUAGGAAUGCAUCAGAGAACUCGCACAGGGGAGAAGCCGUACAAAUGUAAUACAUGCGGGAAGGCGUGCAGUCAGAAGUCAGGCCUAAGAAAACACCGGACAACUCACACAGGGGAGAAGCCGAAUGAAUGUGAUGAGUAUGGGGAAGCGUUUAGCGAGAAAUCUGGCUUACAAUUACACCGGAGAACUCACACGGGGGAAAGACUAUAUAAGUGUAAUGAGUGUGACAGAGCCUUCACCUACAAAUCAAUCCUCAGAGGACAUCAGGAGGGUCAUAAAAGGGAGAAACUCUCUAAAUAUGAUGAAGGUGAGAAAGCUUUCAGCGAGAUAUCUGGCUUACGAUUGUUGCAGAGAACUCACCCAGGGGAGGAACCCUAUGACUGUAGAGAGCAUGGCUGAGCCUUCACCUCUAGAUCAGUCCUCACAGGACAUCAGGAAGCUCCUACAGGGGAGGAAUGUAUUAAUGUGAUGAAUGUGGGGAAGCUUUCAGCCAUAAAUUGGACUUCAGAAAACAUCAGGGGACUCUCACGGUAAGAGGAACACUGAAUGGAAUGAAUGUGGUAGAACUUACCUCAGGGAUCACACACACAGGAAAGCCUUACAACCCUACUGAGUGAAGGAAAAUCUUGAUUGCAGAUCAGACACUCAAAACUAUAGCUGUUCUGUGUUGCAGACUUCAGACAGCUCUCCUGUAAGUUCUCCAGGACCUGUCAUUUGCUGAGUAUUUGCCUGGGUUGGCCUACUUCUCACACCUGUGUGUGUCUGGCUCCACGAAACCUCUGACGUAGUGUAGAGCUGAUACAAGAAUGCUUUUUGACUUACCAAACAAUUGAGCUCUUCCAGAGAGCGCUGUCAGCCUUCCCUGGGUCCCGUAACCCCAGUAGAGAACCAGGAGUUAAGUGGGUCCGUGUAAACCUGUAGACCUGGGUGCUGUCCCGACUCAGCUACUUACUAGACCAGCAACCUCCUCGCCCUGAGUCUCCACUCCCUUCUUUGUGAACUGUCGCCCAUGUUUGUUGCAAGGGUUAAAGGGCACAGGGUGGAAACAAAGCAGUGUCGAUUCCCUUCUGUCUUACAUAAUUCAUGCCUCCUAAGAGAUGAUACGGGUAAAGUUAGGGGAAAAACAGGCAGGAAUAUGGAGAUGACCGGAACUUGAAGAGAAAGUGAGAGUUCUGAAGGAAGGGUGGGAGUUGGAGCUGGAGGUGUCCCUACAGUGCUCGGUGGGGCUCAUGGCUCCACUCCUUGGGCCCUUCCCGUCCAGGACACCCCGGAUCUCAUACCCUCGUGACUCAACUCUCCCUGGACAACCACAGUGGUGGCAGACUGUCCUCAGAGACCUGCUUCUCUGGUUUUCACAGAUGCAAGCUCAGGGCCACAGCAACCAUCUUGAGAUUUUUGUGGGCUGGAAAUAGGUAAAAAUGGGAGUUCUGUUGCCAGAACUAAGGAGUUGGGUAAAGUCCAGGAUUCUCGACUAAGCCUUACCAGAAGUUUCUUUAUAAUCUUUAAAAUACGUGGAGCCCAACUACAUUAAUCUAUUUUUAUUUAAAGCAGCUUGUAAUUUGAUUUAUAAACAUUUCUCUCUAAAAGAAAAAUGUGUAUUAGUAAUAAUAAAUGAAACCAAUUUAUAACUUGCCAUGUAUAGAAACUAAUUGAAAAAAUAUUUACAGAAACAGAACAGCAGUUUAAAAAAUUAUAAGUAGAUGAUGUAAUCAAUUUCAAAACUCAUCUCUGACAUUAGAAAAAUGACUUGAGGAAACCUGUUAGGUAUAGGAAAGACUGUCAGCGCUUGGGGUCUUCCAGUGACUAAAAUAUCUUACCGGUCUUGAAGUUCAAAAGAUUGAGAUGGCCUUUGCUACUUUCCAUAAGGUGGAAGGAGGGACGCAGCUCAAACCAGUUGUGGGGUGGAGGCACAGAAAAUGAAAAUGUACAACUUCUAGAUUAUGGGGAUGAUCACAGGCAGGAAGCUGCAGAUAAGCAUUUACAGAGCAAAGCAAAUGAUUUCCCCCUGGUAGGAGUGGAGUUUGGGAAGCCCCGUUUGUUUGGAAAGUGGCCUCUGCACCGUCUCAAAAAGCUCCCAACCUGAGGAAAACAGGCUCAUGGUUAGUUUUAGGGGCCCAGAUAUGGCACACUGGCCCCGGGUGCCCCCGACUUGUUACGGACAAACCAAGUUCUGAGGAAGAAGCAAGGUAGAAUUCCUUCGUACAGUCUCCUCCUUUCCAUGCCCGUUCACCAGACUUGUAGUUGAGACUCUUGCUUCUGAAACACAAAAAUGUUGUAUGUGUAGAGACCAUAUGACAAAUAUGCAGGUUGUGGAGCACAAUAGAAUGUGACCUGUGAACCCACUACCUCGCCGAAGGAUAACGGUAUUGGCCAUGAAAGAGUGAGAGUGUAUCCACUGGGAUACUCUUGCCCUAUCUAUCUCCUCCCUCCCAGAGACAGCAGCUAUUCAAAAUUGUGUGUGUGUUUGUGUGUGUGUGUGUGUGUGUGUGUGCACAAGUGUGUAUCAGUGAUUUGCCUUUUAAAAAUAAUAAUUAUAAAUCUAUAAACAAUAAUUGUAUGGUUCUUACUUUGAAAUUAGAAUGGUCAUGUGUCCUGCUUUUGUGACAUGGCUUUUUUUGAGUCAAUGUGAUGUACCUAACAUUCAUACAUACUGUUGGAUGGUUGUACUUCAUUCAGUUUCAUUUAUGUAUAGCUUGAUAUUAAAAUGUAUUCAUUCAUGGUUUUGGCCAGGUAUUUUGAAGUAAAGAAAUAGAGGAAAUGUGUUUCUAAAUUCUAACUUCUUGAAGGAAGAGAAAAAAAAGAAAAUGGAGAGGUUGGGUUGCAGGCUUAUGCCAGGAUGUUGAUAUGAAAUUCUCCAACUCAGUUUACCUGGGCUGCAGGAUCUCAGCUGGAAGCAUCCCAUAUUCCAAAAGGCGGUGUCUAGUUACCAAGCAAGACUUGUCAAGAAGCGUCUGGAAGCUACUCUGUGACUGAUGAGUUCAAGAAAACAUGAUUGGGUAAUUACGAAGUGUUUUAUUAUUGAUGCUUGUUGGUAACUUUUAUUUUUUUUAUUAAGAUAAAGUAUACAUAAUAUAAAAUUUACCAUUUUAA